AUGCAACAGCUUGACUUGAAAACAUGGUCUGCGAUGCCAUCCCUCGGGGGAACGGACAGCCGUAUGGGCACUUUUCGGCAAUCCCGUGUCACCGAAGAAGAUGAACACCAUAGACUGGAUGCUGUACUCUCGCUGCUCUUCCCUUCUGCGGUUAGCGUGCAACAUUCGCAUCCUAUUCUAGGUCAUGUUCACACGUUACGGCUCCUGGCACUGUCAAACGGGGCUCGUUUGUUGCUAAAAGGCUCCCCAUCAUCAAGAACGGCUCUUCUCCGACGUGAAAGAUCAUUUCUCGAAACCGAGGCCCAAUUCCUUGCCCUGCUUGGUCAGAGUGGAAACCCUUGUAUCCCCCAGCUCUACCAUUAUGACCCCCACGGCAGAGUGUGGGGAUCUCCAUAUAUGAUUCGACAGUAUAUGAAAGGCAGGACUUUGCUCGAGAUGGAGAGCGAGCUCACUCCCGAGAAACGGGAUGAUGUUGACCGCCACUUGGGUUUCUUGUCGAGCACGAUCGGUCAAAAUGCUGCACCCGGGUUUGGGUCUCUGCAGCAAGUGGCAUACGGGGCUGGAAGGCCCUCCUGGAGAGAGGCCUUUUGUACCCUCUUCGAAGGCAUCCUUCGCGAUGCCGAGGACACGUUUAUUCAUCUUCCCUAUGUAGAGAUUCGGAACGAACUAAGUCGCCUGGCACCUGCUCUCGAAUUUGUCACCUUACCACGUUUGGUGGUCGUCGACUUCGGUCAGCCCUCCCAUGUAUUGUUGAACGAGGAGUCUGAGCAGGUAUCUGGAAUUGUGGGCUUUAGCAGUGCCCUCUGGGGUGACGUGUUGAUGGCAGAGAUCUUUGCAAACCCAUCACCGGCGGUUUUGCAAGGGGCAGGAAUGUCACCGUUUCGAACAAGGGAGGAAAAAGUCCGGCUGGUCCUGUAUGCAUGUUAUCGGCUGGUCUCCCAGAUCACUCUCCAAUUUCAUCGAAGCCGAGAUGAGACGAGCGAAUUCGACGCGCGGAGACGAUUGACAACCACCAUUGCGGAGAUGGCGAGACUUGAAUAG